UACGCGUAUUUUGAACUGCGUACAAACGGCCGGGACAGAGGAGACGCUCCGCUCGUCUCUCUCAGGCGUUUGGUUGUUUUUAAAACUGUUCACGGAUAAUCGCAACAUAAUCUGGAAUUUAACGAUGAGAAAGAGCGAGGUGCUCGCAGCAGAGUCGGUGUCGUGCCUGAAUAAAGCACUGUGCCAUCUGAAGGACAUUUGGGAAGAAAUCGGUAUCCCAGAGGACCAGAGACUACAGAGGACUAAUGUCGUCAAGAACCACAUUAAGACCUUACUAGACAUGAUGAUCAAAGAAGAGGAAUCCCUGAGGACGCGGCUUAUUAGCAGCAUUCAAACAUGCAGGACAGAAAUGGAGAAGCUCUGCCUGGAUCUUCAGCUGCCCGUGUUUGAGGAGGAGAGUGGUAUCAGCAUGCUCCAGCAAGAGAAGAACAUCCGCACGCAGGUGGAGGCUCUGAUGAAGGAGAAGACGCAGCGGAUGCAGCAGCUGAAGGUUCUCCAGGACCAGGACCAGGACCUGUGUGACAUCCUGUGCUGCAUGCCUUAUGGCAUCGCUCCAAACUCUGUCCCCUCACCGGAACAGCUGGAGAACUUCCACCAGCACAUCGUUAAUCAGAACGCAGAGAAGGCGAGGCGGUAUGCUGAGUUCACGGACCUCAAAAAGCAGAUCAUCCUGUACAUGCAAGAGCUGGACCACAUCCCUGAGACCAGCUUCGAGAAGGACGUCGUCUGUGAGGAUGAGGACUCUUUUUGCCUUUCUAGAGACAAUAUUACAUCACUCAAACUGCUUGUUUGUCAGUUGGAGGAACGCAAGGCAGAGAACGAGGCGACGUGUGAGGCUCACAGAGAGAAGAUCCAGCAGCUGUGGGACAGACUGCAGGUGCCCCAGGAAGAAAGAGAGGCCUUCAACGAACACAUGGUCUCAUCCAGAAGGAGGAACCUGGAAGCGCUACAAGCAGAAGUUCAGCGUCUGGAGGAGCUCAAACUGCUCAACAUCCGCAAUGUCACUGACGCCAUCCGCUCCGAGAUCGCUGUGCUUUGGGAAAAGUGCUUCCUCAGCACAGAUCAGCGGCAGGCUUUUGCACCGUAUUUUAGCGAGGAUUUUACUGAAGAGCUGUUGACUCUGCACGAUGCUGAGAUCCAGCGCCUGAAGCAGCAUUAUGAGGAUCACAAAGAGCUUUUUGACGGAGUUCACCAAUGGGAAGAAAGCUGGAGACUCUUCUUAGAGCUGGAGAAAAAAGCCACCGACCCGACAAGAUUCACGAACAGAGGAGGGAAUCUUCUCAAAGAGGAGAAACAGCGGUCUGAGCUGCAUAAAAGUCUGCCCAAGCUUGAAAAGAAAUUAAAAGCCCAGAUCGAUGUGUGGGAAGGUGAACAGGCUCGUGAGUUUCUGGUAAACGGGCAGAAGUUUCUGCAGUAUGUGGAGGAACAGUGGGAGCUGCACCGAAUAGAGAAAGAGAAGGAGAAACAAGAACGGCAUCUGAAGAAGAGCAAACAGACCGAGGAGGACAUGCUGUACGGCACGGCAGUACGAACCCCCACCAAACGCAGAUUCCUCGCCACUCCUACUUCAAAUAAAUCACGGAAGUUUAACGCGACUUCCAGCAUUUCUAGUGCCACCUCUAACAGCACCAUGCGCUCUGCCUUUAGUGGAACUGUCUGUCGCUCACCUGUGCCCCGCCCACCUCUCUCAGCAAACAAGGGUCCAGCACCACGGACGCCAGUUGGCGGCAAACCCCCCCACCCGCGACUGCAAGGCUGUAACAAGGAGAACGAGGCCCAGCUGAAGGGGACUCCUCUGAGUGGUGCGUUGCUGACCCCCGCUAGCCCACAGCGUAACUUCAGCAUAACCUCUGUUGCCAGCACGUAUUCAGAGUUUGUGAGGGACUUGGUCAACACUGAAUCUGUUCAGUCAAGCGAGACCUGUCCAAGGCCUCUAACGCCAAGAUCCAGCACGACAUCCUGAACUCCACCACCACCAACCUUUGACCUCUCCGCUCUGACGGUGACUGCGUUGGCUAUCACAUCGUAGUCCUUUUAAACAAAGUUAUGAUCUCCAAUACUGGCUCACUGCCUUUCAAUGCUAUCUGCUUUUAUAAUAUGUAAAUGAAGGUAAUAAUAUAUUAAGUGUUAAGUCGGUGAUAAACAGGGAAUCUUGCCAGUUUCUGAGUGUUUCUUCAGCGUUUCUGGAUCUUUGUUUGUCACUGUCUGGAAGAGAAAAGAAAAGUUUGUAUCCUAAGUUAAACUAACACUACUUUGGCUCUCUAAAUUCUGCCAGUUAUUGAGAUGUAAUUAAUGUUCUCUGCGUCUUGUACUGCAAAUUUUUUUUUUUAAAGAGAAACGAAAGAAAGUUUAGCUUUCUGAAGUUAUGCAAUCUGGAGUUACAGGCCAAAUGUAUUAUGAAUACUUUGCACUUUUGUUUUGUUUUUUUAAAAUAUAUUUCAGCGCAUAGUGUAAAUUCACACACUCACACUGUUCCAUCCAAAUCUGUUUUUAUACAUGUAUGUAUGUGUUUGUGUACAUAUUUCUGUAUCUGCUGUUCUCUUCAUAGAAUCUGCACUGUUUGACAAAAAUGUUAGUUGUUUAAACAGGCCGUUAAGAAUGUUAGUUAAUGUAUUGGUGCUGCAUAACAGUUUAAAUAUAUAUCUAAAUCACAUGGAUCCAGUACACUAUCAUGGCUGAUUUUUUUGGAAUAGCUUGUCAAAAUAUAUUAAAUGCAUUUUCACUUGAAA